AUAAACAUAAACACACACGGCUGUAAUUGUUGAUUUUGGUCACUUGGUGGAGCCCAAAAACAAGAAAAUUAUGACGCUUCAGGGAAGCAGAACCCUCCCCUGUCCUCAAACACGUCCUCUGUUCUGACAUAAAGACCAGUGAGUCUGAGUUCAGACAUUCAGCAGCUGAAAUCAUCACUUCAUCGCAACAUGUCUGGAAGAGGAAAAGGAGGUAAAGGUUUGGGUAAAGGAGGCGCUAAGCGGCACCGUAAAGUCCUCCGUGAUAACAUCCAGGGAAUCACCAAGCCCGCCAUCCGCCGCCUGGCUCGCCGCGGGGGAGUGAAGCGCAUCUCGGGUCUGAUCUACGAGGAGACCCGCGGUGUGCUGAAGGUCUUCCUGGAGAACGUGAUCCGUGACGCCGUCACCUACACCGAGCACGCCAAGAGGAAGACCGUCACCGCCAUGGACGUGGUGUACGCUCUGAAGAGACAAGGCCGUACCCUGUACGGCUUCGGAGGUUAAAGAGCUGCUGAUUACUGAACAAAAAGGUCCUUUUCAGGACCACACA